AUGUCUUCAAGUGUUUUAUUAAAUUCAGUCUGUGCUGACUGUGGAUCAUUAGAUCCACCUUGGGCUCUUGUAAAUAGAGGCUUAUUGAUCUGUGAUGAAUGUUGUAGUAUUCAUAGGAGUUUAGGUAGGCAUAUAUCUCAAGUUAGGUCACUAAAGAAAGUCCAUUGGAAUAUAACACAAUUACAGAUGAUUCAGACUCUUAAUAGUAGUGGAGUCAAUAGUAUUUGGGAGCACACUCUGCCUGAAAUGAAGACUAAGAAAAAGCCUACACCAAAGGAUCCUGUGCACCCCACAAAAGCGGAGUUCAUCCGAGCAAAGCACAAAGAGUUGCAGUUUAUCUUUCGCAGUGGUGAUAGUGAGGAAGAACUGAACCUUCAACUCCAUUCCAUUGUGAAGACACCUAAAAUCCUUAUGACAUUGAAGCUGUUAGCUCAGGGGGCAGAUCCUAACUUCCUUCACCCAGAAAAGGGAACAAGGCCUAUCCAUGUUGCUGCUAAGGCUGGCCAGCUGAACCAGGUGGAGCUGUUAGUUGUCUACGGAGCAGAUCCGUCUGCCAGGGACGCCAAUGGGAAUUCCCCACCUCAUGCUGCCAGGCUUGUAGGUCAUCGGGAGAUCCAUUCUAGACUUACUGAAAUGCUGUACACUGUAACUGAUCGGCUAAUCUACUUUCUGACCAGGAUGCGUCCUGAUCAUGCUACGGGUCAACAUUUCAUCAUACCCACUGAAAGAGAUUGUGUUAUAACACCAGAACCUAAUAGUCAUGGCCGACCGCGCAUUGCACAGCUGUCACAUACACAGUUUGAAGACCUUGCCACUGAUGUUUAUGAUGAAGUGGACAGGAGAGAAACAGAGACGAUUUGGUUAUCGAGUGGAGCAUCCCUUGAGUACAGUACAGUUCCGUUUCUACCAGUAGAUCCUGAUCUGAGCACCAUGAGGAACCAGGGGAGGCAGAAGUUGGCGAGACUUUCUCCUGGAGAGUUUUCAGCGCUCGUACUAGAUAUAUUACAUGAUGCUGAUCGCCGCCAACUUGUUCAUAUCAAUGGCAAGGCCACCUCUGAUGAAGAACCUCUCUACGACAGUGUUGCAUCAGAUGAUGACUAUGCCACUGCCGAACAAUUAGCUAUAAUGGUGGCUCAAAACUCAAGAGGGCUCCCAUUGACUGUAGUAGAGCCCCUUAAAAGUAGUGCUGCCAAGGCCGAAAGCUCUGUAGAGAGGGAGCUACGAGAACGUCUGGCACUAGCCCAGGCAAGGGAAAGUCAGCUCGCCCAGCAGGUCCAUCACCUUACUAAGGCAAUGAGUGACGUUUCUGAAGAGAACUGCAGGCUGAAAACUGCAUUGAGUGGCCCCAACGAACCAGAACCAGUGAUGGACCUAAUGCGUGUUGGCAACAGACCAGUGUCUAUGUAUGAAGCCAGAGAAACUGUCAGGGGUGUGAUGCCUCUCUCUGAGGAGGUCAUUCGAAGAACUACUCAGGUUACCAAACGGAUACAGGAGCUCUGGUCUUCAGUCCGACCGACAGAAUCAAAUUUUGUGUAUGUUCCUUGUGCAGAGAGAAUCCGAGUUGCAGUUGCAGAACUAACUGCUAUUUUUCCGCAAGCCUCCACUGAUGAUGUAGUGAGAAAUGCUCUUUACCAAUUAAAUACUUCUACGAUGAGACUUCAGGUAGAAUGUGCUGAAUUAGAGAAGUGCGCAGAAAGUGUAAGGCAGCUGGCAUUCAAAAUUGCCGAAGCGAAUCGUUUGUUGGUCAAGCGCUUCAAAUGA